GAGACCGAGAGAGAGAAGAGUAGUGUGCUAGUGACUGGAAAGGGUGAUGGGAUUUUGUAGUGACCAACGGUGGAUUGACAAGUGCUUUUUCUUGGCGGGACAUUCAUUAUCACCAUUACUACCUUCCUAAUUUACUCCUUCGCUCUCUGCAUGUGUUUCUUUUUGUCCCCUCGGGGUCCGGGUGUUUGUUUGUCUGACUGAGCGGUCAGUAGACGUGGACGUGUCACCAUGGCUCUGGGUGCGGUGUGGGGCCGUGUUAAAAAUGUGUGCCAACAGAACGGCCUCCUCAUCUUGUCAGUGUUGGCCGUGGUUAUCGGAUGCCUGCUGGGCUUCUUUCUGCGCUCCAAACACCUCUCGGAGCAGGAGGUGAAGUACUUCCAGUUCCCAGGGGAGUUGCUGAUGCGGAUGUUGAAGAUGCUCAUCCUGCCUCUAGUAGUUUCCAGUUUGAUGUCUGGUUUGGCAGCGCUGGAUGCUAAGUGCUCCAGUCGACUGGGUAUCAUGACAAUCUCUUAUUAUCUGUGGACGACGUUUGUGGCUGUGGUGGUGGGCAUUGUCAUGGUCGUCAUCAUCCACCCAGGUGGAGCUGCCCAGAAGGAGGAUUCAGAGGACAGCGGGAAGCCCAUCAUGAGCUCCGCUGAUGCUCUGCUGGACCUCAUCCGCAACAUGUUCCCAGCUAACUUGGUCCAAGCAACUUUUCAGCAAUAUCGCACAAGGAGCAUCCCUAUCAUGAAGCCCAAACCAACCAUUGGUCAGGACAUACUAGACACCAGCACCAGACGGGUCUUCAUUUAUGGGAUCCAGGAUGACAACGGCACAGAUAUCCAGAACUUCUCCCUGGACCUGACGCCACCUCCGGAUGUUGUCUUCAGGACGCUUCCUGGCACCAGUGAAGGCAUGAACGUCCUCGGUAUUGUGAUCUUCUCAGCUACUAUGGGAAUCAUGCUUGGAAGAAUGGGACCAAAUGGCAGCGCCCUCGUCAACUUCUGCCAGAGUCUCAAUGAAGCCGUGCUGAAAAUUGUGGCCAUUGUUAUAUGGUACUUCCCGUUUGGGAUUGUGUUUCUGGUGGCGGGAAAGAUCUUGGAAAUGGAUGACCCAUCAGCUAUGGGGAAGAAACUGGGCUUCUAUGCCAUCACUGUUGUCAUGGGGCUGGUGCUUCACGGCCUCUUCAUCCUGCCUUCCAUGUAUUUCUUCAUUACGAAAAAGAGCCCCAUCGUCUACAUCCGAGGGAUUUUACAGGCCCUGCUCAUCUCAUUAGCUACUUCAUCCAGCUCUGCUACGCUGCCUAUCACUUUUAAGUGCCUCCUGGAGAACAACCACAUCGACCGCCGCAUCAUUCGCUUCGUACUUCCUGUUGGUGCCACUAUAAACAUGGAUGGCACUGCCCUGUAUGAGGCUGUGGCAGCCAUUUUUAUCGCUCAAGUCAACAACUAUGAGCUGGACUUUGGACAGAUCAUCACCAUCAGCAUCACGGCUACAGCAGCCAGUAUCGGAGCUGCAGGCAUUCCACAGGCCGGUCUGGUAACCAUGGUGAUCGUGUUAACCUCAGUGGGUCUUCCUACAGAUGACAUCACUCUUAUUAUUGCUGUGGAUUGGGCCUUGGAUCGGUUCAGGACGAUGGUGAACGUGAUGGGCGAUGCUCUGGCCACAGGAAUCAUGGCACACAUAUGCAGAAAAGACUUUGUGAAAGAGGGCGAGGAGAUUCCUCUCAUCUGUGAGACCAAGCCCAUGAUCAGCAUCCAACAGAUGAUGUCCUACCAGAAAAACGGCUGCUUCCAGCCCCCUCCGCCGGGCCCCAUGAGGAAACCCGAGCACUUGUCUCCUGAUGUGGCCCGUCUCAUGCAGCUGGAGGAGGGCAUCAGGCCCCCCGACAAGAAGAGGUCCCCUCAUCUGUCUCCACACCAUUACAAACGAGACCAUAAAGACAAAGACCACUGUACCAUAGACAUGAACGGUCUGGAGACCAAUGUCUAGACUCCUUCACAGACUGAGCUGCAAGACGCCAGCCGUUCUCCUUCUCUACCUUUGGAUUUGUGUGUCAAUGUCUUUGUAGGGGAUUUCACGAUGGAAAGCUGAAGCAAUCGGGGGCUAGUGAGGGGAUAAGAUGGAUUCCCUGAACACUGUUGACCCCGGAGGCCGAGCUCCUGGCCGAAGUGUGUGGAGGAGGAUAAGUGUACGUUUGAGUGCUGUUGUCAUUGUGUCCUUUCCCUGUGAUCCACAGGAAAGAAGAACAACACUCUUCAUGGACAGCUUGUCUGAGGAAUGUGGAUAUGUGUUGUUUUAUUAUGCUGCUUUUCUCUGUUUAAGUCUAAUCUUUCAGUAAAAGAGGGAGGAAAAAACUGUCCCCUGAAGAAGAUUUAACCACCAGUGAUCACAUACAGUGACCCCAAGAAGUGUUUGGACACUUGUGGUGUUAAAAGUGUCCAAAUAUCAGUGCAUUAUAUGAGGGGUUUCAGCCUUUAACUCCAUCUAGAGCUGUAGACAACCCUGAAACUUAAAGAUGGCCAUAGCUUAGAGCUUAACAUAAUAUAUAUAUAUAGAGAGAGAGAGAGAGAGAGAGAGAGAGAGAGAGACUUAAAAUGCAAAAACCUCCAAGUCUGUCUGAGAUUAUUCUUUUAAAUGAGUAUUUUGAUCAGGCUCCUGUAAAAGUAACAUUGGACAUUUGAAAAUAAGGCAUUCAAUAAUUAAAGUGAAAUUAUUGAACCUAAAUAUCAGAGUCUGAUAAAAAAAAAUGCUCAAUUAAAAGAAAAAUAUCCCAGAAACAUCUAAGAGGUUUUUGCAUCUUAAGUCUUUAAAUACAUAAUUUUUUGACAUCAAAAGUAUUUGGAAACUUUCUGGCUGUCAAACAUUAGAACGAUCAUGUGACACUGAAGUAGUGAUUCUAAACAUUCACAGGAAUAAAUUACAUUUUCCCAUUUUAUCAGGUUCCUCCUUAAAAAAAUUAAUAAAUAAAAACAAAUGCACCAAACCACCAUUUGGUUAAAAGUUAGGUUUGACACAAGGUGUUUAUAAGUUAGUAAGAUGCUGCUUGGCUUGAUCUAUUUACUUGGUCUUGGUCAUUUAUUUAUUAUUUAUACAAAUUACACUUUUUCUUUUAAUUGUACAAAUAUUUUUGGGGAAUACUGUAAACAUAUAUAGAUGUAUGCACACACUACUGUUCAAACGUUUGGGGAUCAGUAAGAUCUAUUUUAAAGAAAUGAAUACUUUUAUUUAGCAAGGGUACACUAAACUGAUGAAGUGACAGUAAAGCCAUUUAUAAUGUUACAAAAGGUUUAUAUUUCAAAUAAAUGCUGUUCUUUUGAAGAUGAUAAUUAAAGCAUUCUGAAAAAAAAAAAUUUAUCAUGGUUUCCACAAAAACAGGAAGCAGCACAACUGUUUCUUAAUACUGAUAAUAACAGCAAAUGUUACAUCAGCAUAUUAGACUGAUUUCUUAAGGAUCAUGUGACACUGAAGACUGGAGGAUGAUGCUGAAAAUUCAGCUUUAAAUCACAAGAAUAAAUUACAUCUUAAAAUAAAAUUUAGAUAUAUUUUAGAUUAGAAUUUCUUCAAAUAAUGUAAAAAAGUGUGUUUUUAAAAAACUUUUUUUAAAAUCUUACCAACCCUAAAUGUUUGAAUGGUAUUGUUUGCAUACUGACAGACCUUUAACUCUUCAGGAGGAUGGUUUCUAACCCCUGCUCUUGUGUAGAACAUCUUGACAUGAACAGAUUUCAGGGCAAGCCCAACUUUGAAUUUUGUAAGCAGUGGGCUUCAUGGACUCACACGUCAUGCCACACACUCUCAAAGGCCUUACAACCUGUAUGGAUUCUUUGUGUGAAAAUGUCAAAUGUAAAAAUUGUGAUUUGAAUGAAAUUCUAUAAAAUGAUGACUCACUCAGUAUGCCUAAUGAAA